AUGUCAAUCACUUUCGGUGCCGUUGGUGACAUAAUCUCGGUUGCUUUGUUGGCCAAAGAUCUUAUCGCGACGCUCGACGAGGCCCGUGGGUCCAAAGCUGAGUAUCGAGCUGCAGUCCAGGCCAUCAAAACCUUGAACGACACUAUCAAUCUAGUGAAUCACCAUGUUAUACAACAGGGAGUCACCACACCCGAAUUGCGUAAUCUUUGCGAGACGUCAAAGCAAGCUGUGGCGAGAUGUCGUAUCCUAGGUGAUGCCUUUCUAGCACGACUUCGAAGAUACCAGACUACGUUCGAUAAGACCCAUGGUGCAAACAAGAUCAAAGAGAUGGCGAUGGCUGUUCGCUGGCGUAUUGGAGAAAAGGAGGCACUAGGGCAGUUUCAUGCUGAGAUACUAGGGGCUAGCUUAUCGCUUCAGACAUUGUUAGCGACCGCAAACUUUUCACUUCUCAGCGUUAAUCGGAAAGAGAUGAACGCAAAGCUUGACGCAGCUCAGGUCGAAAGCCACGCCACCAUCCUCUCACAAAAUACAUCACUCAACGUCCUUGCAGAUGGUGUCAAGAACGCCAACAGCAGAAUCGAGGCCGGCAAUUCAAUCUUGGCUAAAGUUUCGGAAGCACUGAAAUUCGAUCGGAUCCGUCAGCUGGGUGCUGAGCUCAAAGGUCUGAUGCGAGGUGUAAUGGCGGUAAACUUCGCGACCUACCGCGCGGUCAUCCGCCUAGAGUCUGCACUUCCCAGCCACUUAGAGCGAAGACUUAUUGAGGACCCCGUGAUUCUGGAAGACCCGAUUGGUCGCAUCGCGCCUGUACACCUACAGUUCAUCACUUCUUGGGAUGCCUUCAAUGCGGUGCUCGAGGGGCGCUUUCACGAUAGGGAAGGAUAUAAGAAGAUGAAGCAACGAGAAUACGGAUUACAAAUAAGAAAGACUGGCAAAGAGAUUGAGCAGUCGCGGCCGUGGCAAAGCGCUUUUUCGCCUGGGCAGCAUAUUGAGAUGAGCUUCGUCUUCAACCAAGAUGAUGUCGGCGAGAGCAGCAGUGCAAUCUGUCCUGGAUGCCGGACCCCAUCAUCACAUUCCAAUGAUGCCGAUAUACAAUGUACAGAAUGUCAGAUGUUCUUUCGCAGGAUCACCGUGAUACAGGACGAUGAAUCUCCACCCCGAAACACGCCUUCCGCUGAAGAUCAGCACACUCGAGAUUUUGUCCUGCAACCAGAACUUACGGAGGUCGGUAGUCGAAAACGAACUUUUUAUGAGCCUGCUGAGCGCGAGGAAGAGGACUUGAGAAGCUUCAAACGAUACCACGCCGAGGUCCGCCAGAGAGCACGCGAGCCAGAACAGAAGUAUGCCGAGCAAGCCGAACUCGAUCAUCUUGAGCUACUUCUUAUUCUUCGCCAGGAAGCUGAACUAGAAACGGAUCAGUUUAGGAAGCUGAGCUUAGACAGAAAAGGUGAUACCCGUAUGCUCGACAAGCUUGAAGGGCUGCUACUGGGAGCUGAGGCUCGUGAAGUGGAGACUGAGGGGAAGAAGCUGGCCGAACAGAUGGAGAAGGAUAAACUACAACGACUCUUACGUGCUCAGGCCGAAGAGCAACGCAAGCUCCAGGCAUAA